AUGAGUUUGAACGAUUCAAGGACUACCCUGUUUGGUCCAUAUUCAUUUAUCAAUAUUUCAUGUGGAAAAGAAGAAAUAGAUGAUGUUCAAUAUGGCUGGAAAAACAUGGUUGAGGUGAUUUUAGUGACGAGAAUUGUUCAGAAUCUGUACAAAGUAAUUGACAUUAAGGAGUUGCAAGGUGAAAAGAUCGAUAUAAUUGUGUUGUCUACUGUAAGAUCCAAUUCUGAUGGUACAAUUGGGUUGCUUUCCAAUCCUGAGAGAGUUAAUAGAGCAUUUACAAGUGCCAGAGACUGUCUAUGGAUUCUGGGAGAUGAAAGAACACUAUCUAGAGGUACAAAUUCUUUCUGGAAAUUGAUUAUUCGUGAUGCGAAAGGACGGAAGUGUUUCUUUAAUGUUGAGCAACACAAAGACCUCGGUAAAUUUGUGGGAGAAGUCAAGAAAGAGCUUGAUCAAUUGGAUGAAUUGCUCAAUCCUGACAGUAUACUUUUCAUGAAUGCCAAAUGGAAGGUCAGCUUUAGUGAUAAUUUUGUGAAAUCAUUUGAAAAAAUCAAGUCAUCUCAGAAGAAGAAUUUAGUGAUGAACAUGCUAUUGAGGCUAGCAAAUGGCUGGAGGCCUAAGAGGGGUGUUCUAAUUACUUGUGAUGAAUCAAAACAAACUCUGAAACAAUGCAAGGUUAAGGAUUUGCAUGUAAUUUGUUCAAUUGACAUAGAGAAGGAACAAUAUUGGUAUGUUCAAGUCUUGAAAGUCUGGGAUGUGCUGCCACCUGUAGAUGUUUCUAAACUGGUCAAGCUUCUUGAUACCGUGUUUCUGACAUACGUCGCUGAUGAUCUUAAUCGUUGUAAGACCAAAUGUGUUGAAGGGGAUUUGGAGGUUCCUAUGAGCUGGGAAACCUCCCAUGAUAAUGUUUAUUAUGAAAAACAUAACCACAUUGAAGAAGGGAUAAGAUUUACUACUGAACCUUUUGAUUAUAGUAUAAGAAACCUUGAGGAUUUCAAAAUGACUGAAAAUUUGCAACUGAUGAAAUUCUACCCUUUGACUUCUGAUAUGGUGAGACACUUGCUCUCUGAUUCAAGUAUUGGUACAGAAAUGAUACUUCCUUUCAAACUAACAAAUCAAGAAAUAGAGGCUGUUCAUUUCGAUAGAACCUCCUUCAUUCUUGGGAGAUCAGGAACCGGAAAAACAACAGUUCUAAUUCGAAAGUUAUUUCACAAAGAGCAGUUAUAUCAUUUGACUUCAGAAGGUUUUCAUGUACUUGAUUCUUGUACUACAAAUGAAAAAAUUAAAGAAGAUGAUGAAAGUGUUAAAGAAGGUGAGGAGACUUUUUUGCGCCAGAUUUUUGUGACAGUCAAUCCUAUACUGUGUGGUGCUGUAAAAGAGCAUGUUGAAGGCUUGAAAAGAUUUGCUUGUGGUGGGAAAUCAGCUGAAAAUUCAGUCUCAGAUUCAGAUGUUCCAGACUCUUUUAAGGGUCUCCAUCGUAGUCUUUUCCCACUUGUUAUAUCAUAUCACAAGUUUCUCAUGAUGCUAGAUGGAACACUAGGGAAUUCAUUCUUUGAUAGAUUUCCUGAAGCAACAAGAGGUGCAACAUCAUUGGCCCGGGAGAAUUUUAUCAGAAUGAAGGAAGUGAAUUUUGACAAAUUUGAACAAUCUUAUUGGCCUCAUUUUAAUAGAAAGAUCACAAAGAGCCUUCCAUCAUCAAUUGUAUUUGCAGAAAUAAUGUCUUGCAUAAAAGGUGGAUUGCAGGCUUUGAGUUGUCAUGAAGGUAAUCUUAGUCGUGAGGACUAUAUUUCACUAUCUAAUAGGCGUAUUUCAAAUUUAGAUGAACAAGCAAGAGAACACGUUUAUGAUAUUUUCCUUCACUAUGAAAGGAAAAAGAAGAUGAAUAGUGAAUAUGUUUGGCUGAUCUUGUCACGGAUCUUCAUCGUCGACUUGGAGAAGGAAACUAUGAGGCCAUUGAGUUUGACUGAUUUGACAAUGAGGCAAAUUGCACUCUUUAAAUACAUAUGCAGAAAUGUGAAUCAUGGUUUUGUUUUUUCUGGUGAUACUGCUCAGACAAUUGCAAAGGGGGUUGACUUUAGAUUUGAGGACAUACGCCACCUUUUCUACAAAGAGUUUGUACUGAAAUCAAGAAGUGGCAAAAACUAUGUGAGAGGAGAGAAAGACUCGAUAGAUGUCUUGAGCCCUGAGACAAGCCACAUUAUGGGGGAAACUCCAUCACUGCUGGUUCAAUCAUGUAAUGAUAAAAUCACAUUCACUUCCAUGUUGAGUAAUGCUGGAGAUUGUGGAAAGAAGCUUGUUGGUUUUGGACAUGAUCAGGUUGUCUUAGUAAGAGAUGACAGUGUUAAGGAAAUUUUGGAAUCAGCUGGGACAGAGGCCAUUAUUAUGACAAUAUCCGAGUGCAAGGGCUUAGAAUUUCAGGAUGUCCUGCUGUACAACUUUGUUUCUUCAUCACCUUUAAAAGAUAAUUGGAGAGUCAUUGACAAGUAUAUGAAGGACAAACAUUUCCUUGACCGAGGAUCUAGUAGGUCUUCUCCAAGUUUUGAUGUGACUACGCAUAGACUUUUGUGUUCUGAGCUGAAACAGUUAUACGUAGCUAUUACUCGUACAAGGCGAAGGUUAUUGUUUUUUGAGAAAGGUGACAGUGAUGGGUUUUCCAAUCCCAUAUAUGACUAUUGGGAGAAAUUACGACUCGUCCAAUAUCAAACACUUGACCAUUCAUUUGUGAAGAAGAUACAAGUUCACAGCACCAAAGAAGAGUGGAAAUCAAGUGGAAAUGAGUACUUUAUUAAAAAGAAGUACAAGGCUGCUAAAGAAUGUUUUCAUAAAGCAGGAGAGACACUCUUAGAACAGAAGGCUGAGGCUUUUUUCCUCCGAGCUUCUGCUCAGAGUACAUAUAGUACUAAUUUUGAUAAAGCGGAGAUGUAUCUUAAUAAGGCUGCUAAAAUAUUUAAAUCUUUUGGCAUGUUUGAGCAAGCUGUACAAUGCUUUUAUGACUCAAAGAACUACGCAAUGGCAGGUUCAAUUUAUCUGGAACACUAUGGUGAGACUAAGCUACUAGAAGCUGGAGAAUGUUUUACUCGAGCAAGAUCUUAUGACCGAGCGGCUUUUGCAUAUGCCAAGGGAAACUCAUUCUCUAAUUGUUUGGAGUCAUGUAUUCAGGGGAAACUAUUCAUUAAGGGACUUGAUUACCUCAGCCAAUGGAAAGAGUUUGCAACUCUGAAUAAUGAUAUGGAAAGACAAAAAGAAGAAAUAGAAAGCACUGAAAUGAAGAUCUUAACUGGUGCUGCACAUACCUACAAACGUCUUGGAGAUAAGAUGUCAAUGAUGAAAUGUGUAAAGGCUUUCCAUUUUGAAAAUUCAAAGCGCAGUUUUUUGCGAACUGGAGGUUUCCUUGAGGAGCUCCUCCAAUUGGAAAUUGAAUUGGGCUAUCUUCUAAAAGCAGCAAAAAUAGCCAAGAGGUUAGGAAAGACACUGCAUGCAGCUGAUCUAUUGGAAAAAGCUGGACAUUUUAAAGAUGCAUCAGAGCUUAUAAUGUCACAUGUACUAGCAAAUUCUAUCUGUACACCAAGCAAAGGUUGGUCGUUAAAGCAGUUUCCUGGUAAAGAAGAGCUUUUAGAUAAAGCAAUGUCAUUGGAAAAUAGUGAUUCAAGCCACUUCUUUGAGUUUGUCUCUAUGCAGAGAAAGGUUCUGGUUGAUGAAAAGGUUGCAUUGUCUGAGCUGCUACAACUAUUGAGUUAUUUCAAGAGAUAUCGAAGUGCUGCAGUUGAAAAUUCAUGUGAAAGGAAAAUUCUUGAUCAUUAUCCAAGUGUUGCAGGUGAAAUUUUAUGUGAGAGGAAAAUUCUUGAUCAUUUUUUUGGUAUUUUCCUGAAUGUUACAGAUCUAAAGAUGCAUGCCGGAAAUGAAUUUCUUGAAACACUGGUUUCCGUUUGGAAUAACUGGAAGGAAAACAUUGAAAAGAUAACUAACUAUCUUUCCCAUGUUAGAUCUCAUGAUGAGUACGGGAACUUUUGUUUGAGCUACUUGGGAGUGGUUGUGAGUGUGUGUUAUGGAAUUAAGGAGGAUAUGUACCUCCUGCUUGACCCUAAUGCCAUUUGGGUGAAGCAAAUUAUCAAUAGGCAUCUGCAUCGACAAGGGAAGCUUGUUUUCUGUAAUGAUAAGCAAUUUUCUCGUGCUGCUAAAUCUUAUUGGAGUGAAGAAGUGAAGUCUGUUGGAGAAAAUGUGUUUGAAAUUCUCAAAGAAUGUUGGGAAGAUAAAUCAUUGCAUCUUUAUGGCCGAACUUUCGCUCUUACUCAUUUGAAUGGAUUUGAAAAUUCUCUUGAGUUUCUCCAAGAGAAAAAUCAUGAUGAAGUAUCUCAACACCUCAUCAAACUAUCUACAAACAUCAUGGGGACUGUAUUUCCUCUGGAUUGGUUAAAGCCAUUAACAUUAGAGAUGACAAAUCUGAGGGAGACAAAGGAAUUCAGAAUUUUUCUAGAAGAUAUAGUUUGUAAAACCAUUAGCUCACUUAGUCAUCUGACAUACGAGGCAAUAGGAAAUGUGGUUAUGACAAUUAUUGGGGGAUCUCGGAGAUUUUCUGAUGAAACUUACAAGAAAAUUUCUCUGAGGUGUGAUAAUGAUCCAUUUUGGAAAUCAUUUUUCAAAAGUUUUGUGCAGGUUUCCUUGACGUCACAGAUUAAAAAUUUUUAUAAAGCUUUGAAACACACUUAUUAUGCUGACUCUCUUGGUGAAAGGGACUAUAUUUCCCCAAGUAGUUUCAUGUACAUUUUUGAGCGUGUCCUGAUUAUGGUUUUCUACUUAAAGGGGUUCUUUUUUUCAAUCAAAACUUCUCUCUUUGAAUGGUUAAUUCACCAAGAAUGGAAUAAGCAUGAGCUAGCUAAACUUCAUUCACAUUAUGAAUGGCAACAAAUGUUUGUUGGUAGUCUUGAUAUUAUGGCAGCCAUUGUUUUUGAGCUUCUUUGUAACGAAGGCGAUGUCAUAACAUGGAUCAAAAAUUCCAAGCUCAGCUCGGCAUGCCAUCAACUGCUAGUUUUGAGACUCUUUGUUGCUUUAUGUUUACUCUAUCUGAACACUGGAAACUAUUAUGAAUUACUUGUUGAAUUGCUUGGCAGGAAAGACAUUACUUGUCGAUUACCACCAGAGUUCUACAAUGUUAUUCAGAAUCUGAAACCAGCAAAUAAUUUGGAUGAUAAUGCUGGUGUUCUUGCAGAAGCUUUAGAAAAAAUUGGGAAUCCUUUGGCGAUAGUGAAUUCAGGAAAAUGUUGUACUAGUUUUGAAAUUGAAGAUGCCAUCUUUGUAGACCUUGACGUUCAUCAAGGAAGAGAGAAGUUGCUUAGCUUAAUGCUAAGUGAUGUUUCAAGCAUUUUGUUUUGUUAG